AUGAACGCAACUGAACGCAACUGCAUCUCUAGAGGCGACAUCUCCGAUUCCAUCAGCCAGGUCGAAAUGCAGAUAUACAAAAGUCCUUUUAUCGCCACUGUCAAUGCAGUCCCAUCGAGACAAGAGCUGCGCUGGAUAAUCGAGCCAGUGAUGCCCAGUGAGAGUCUGGAGCAGACCAGUGAAUCUACAGCAAACCAGAGAGAACGCUUCAAAAGAAAUAUACAGCUCACUCCAGAUGAAGAGGAGAAGAUAAGACGGAGAAGAGAGCGUAACAAAAUGGCUGCUGCCAAAUGCCGCAACCGCAGACGAGAACUUCUUGACCUUCUUCAGGAGGAGACUGAGCGCUUGCACAUGGAGCAGGUCAUGCUGCAGAGGCAGGUGAGCUGCCUGCAACGGGAGAAAGAGCAGCUGAAAAUGCUACUGGCAUCCCAUGCGUCCCUCUGCACACUGGCACAGGACAAACCUCAUUCCUUGGACACUUUUUUGUCAGGAGAGCCCCUACCAUCAAAAAUUUCCAUCACAAUAAAACAGGAACCUCUGGAUGACGUAAGUGGGUCGGAACAUUUGGCACUCCAACAGACGGAGAAAGGCUCUGAAUUACACUAAAUUCAAUGAAGACGACCAGCGCUUUUUAUUUAAUAUCUUUGU